AUGCUUGGAAAGGUGAUCCUCGAGGAAGCCUUCGCGCUCCCCAGGCUAGAGGAGAAGACACGCUGGUGGGCUGGCCUCUUCAGUACCGAACCCGAGACCCACGUGAAGGAAAUCCAGGACCUCACAGACAUACGGCUCAAGCAUGCAGACAAACACGGUGUUGGAUACACCAUCCUGUCAUACACGGCGCCUGGCGUGCAGGACAUUUUCGACCCAAAGGAGGCGCAAGCCUUGGCCGUCGAGAUCAACGACUAUGUGGCGGAGCAGAUCAAGGGGUUUCCCGACCGGUUGGGUGCAUUUGCAACACUCUCUAUGCACGACCCGGCUGAGGCUGCGGCGGAACUACGCCGUACCGUGACCCAGUACGGUUUCAAGGGCGCCCUUGUCAACGACACACAGCGCGCUGGCGCGGACGGCGAAACGCUCAUCUUCUACGACUCUCCCGAGUGGGACGUCUUCUGGCAGACGUGUGUCGAGCUCGACGUCCCCUUCUACCUCCACCCCCGUAACCCCACGGGCAUUGUGUUCGAGAAGCUCUGGAAGGACCGCCAAUGGCUCAUCGGCCCUCCCCUAUCCUUCGCCCAGGGCGUGAGCCUGCACGUGCUAGGCAUGGUAACCAACGGCGUGUUCGACCGCAACCCCAAGCUCCAAGUCAUCCUGGGCCACCUCGGCGAGCACAUCCCCUUCGACCUGUGGCGCAUCAACCACUGGUUCGAGGACCGCAAGAAGCUGUUGGGUCUUGAUUGCAAGAAGACGAUCCGGGAGUACUUUAACGAGAACAUCUGGAUCACAACGUCGGGCCACUUCUCGUCGACGACGCUGAACUUUUGCAUCAACGAAGUGAGCUCCGAUCGGAUCCUCUUCUCGGUGGAUUAUCCGUUUGAGCACUUCAACGACGCGUGCGACUGGUUCGACAACGCCGAGAUGAGCACGAGGGACCGGGCUAAGAUUGGCAGGGAGAAUGCGAAGGCGCUGUUUAAGCUUGGACAGUACAAGGAUAGCGAGGCUAAGGUGAUUUAG